AUGCAACAGGCCCCUGCGGUGGAGCUUAACCCAGUGGUGAAGCCGUGGCCAUUUAGGGGAUGGGCAAUGGACUUGAUCAGGAAGGUGACACCGCCAGCUAUGAGGGGGCAUUGUUUCAUAAUCGUGGUAAGGGACUAUUUCACCAAGUGGAUAGAAGCCGUUCCCAUGAAGACGGUUACCCAGAUGGAAGUCAUCCGGUUCCUGAAAACCCAAAUAAUUCACAAGUUUUGGCUGCCUGAGACUAUCACGUGCGAUAAUGGGUCAGUCUUCACUAGGGACCAAGUCCUUGAGUUUGCUGUGGAUUAUGGGAUCACCAUAACCCAUUCCAUGCCCUACUACGCUCAGGGGAAUGGACAGGCCGAGGCAAGCAAUAAGGUGUUAAAGAAUUUCUUAGCGAAGGUGGUGGAGGAAAACCCCAGAAGAUGGGCUGAGUUGUUGUCUGAAGUUCUAUGGGCAUUCAGGACGUCGCAGUGA